GAAUGUAUGUCACAUAUCUUGCAUUGGUUCUUCUCGAAAUCCUUGUUUGUGUCAUGGAUUGCACGGACGAUCAUCUACAAUGGAGGAACCCUAGCGGACUUUUUCGGUGGGAAUGCGAUCAUGCAAACUUCGCCUCUUUGAAAUAUCCACUUUAUCUGGGAACAGGGCGCGCGCGUUGGUUUGGAUUUUUGGAAACGAAGUCCCGAUGAGUUGUCAAAAUUUCAGGAAUGCUCAAUGUGUCGAAAACCUCCUAGGCCAACCAGAUCUGUGGCCUCAACAAUCUGGCGAUGCAUGUUUCGCCACAUAGUUCAAAGG